GGUUAACGAAGAGGAAUCAAAUGAGGAGGAGGAUAACAAAGAGUAAUCGGAUGAGGAGGAGGGCAUUAAAUACAAAGACUUCAUAAAUGCCGUGCAUCAGCGAGACUUGUAUGUCAUACAAAUGCUAAUGGAGAAAGUUGAUGAAAGCAGCCCCAAAAAAAAAAAACAGAGGAUACCGUACCUUACGUCGGGCAACAACGGUUUGGAUUGGGUGAUGUCAGCAUUAAAUUUCGAGAAUCCUAGAAAGUGUCCUAAAGUCUUCGGGAUGAAAAAGGAAGUGUUCGGAAUGCUAUGCAAUGAAAUGGUUAAUAAAUACGGCUUCCACACAGAAACAAAAUGUGCGGUCGGCAUAAUUGAGAGCCUUGCAAUGUUCUUGUCCUUAUUGUGUGGACAGACCCUUAAACAGAUCCAGGAACAAUUCCAACGUGGGCAAGCUACUUGUUUGAGGCAGAUCAACAAAGUCCUAAAAUGUAUGUUAAAUUUGGCGGCGCACGAAAUAAAGCCAAAAAGGGAUUACAAUGACCCACAUCCUUACUUGCAAGUUAGACCUCAGUACAGACAUUUCAAGGAUUGCAUUGGGGUUAUGGAUGGUACUCAUGUAUUUUGCAAGACUAAACCGAAGGAUGCAAAAAAAUUCCAGGGAUGUAAGAAGGGCCACACUACGAACAUAAUAGCGGAGCAAUGCAUGAUUAUUUAA